CAGCCGCGGGGCCCACACUGGGAGGCGGAGGAUGGAAGUGGGCUUAUCGGCCAUUACCCUGUGUCUUGCCAGCAGCCCCGUGGCAGCGACGACGAUGGACCGGGAGUCGGCGGGCUGUGUGGAAGAAGCGGUCACCACGUCGGGAGCCGCAGCCACGGCGGCGUUGGGAGACUCGGCGCGGCAGAUGAGUAAUGAAAGAGGCUUUGAAAAUGUAGAACUGGGAGUCAUAGGAAAAAAGAAGAAAGUCCCAAGGAGGGUCAUCCACUUUGUUAGUGGUGAAACAAUGGAAGAAUACAGCACAGAUGAAGAUGAAGUGGAUGCCCUAGAGAAGAAAGAUGUUUUGCCUACUGUAGAUCCGACAAAACUUACCUGGGGCCCUUAUUUAUGGUUUUACAUGCUUCGGGCUGCCACAUCAACCCUCUCAGUGUGUGACUUUCUUGGAGAGAAGAUUGCAUCUGUUUUGGGGAUCAGUACCCCAAAAUACCAAUAUGCCAUUGAUGAGUAUUACCGGAUGAAGAAGGAGGAAGAAGAGGAAGAAGAAGAAAAUAGGAUGUCUGAAGAAGCAGAGAGACAAUACCAAAAAAAUAAGCUGCAGGCUGAUUCCAUUGUUCAGACCGAUCAACCAGAAACAAUGGUAUCUAGUUCAUUUGUGAAUCUUAAUUUUGAAAUGGAAGAAGACUGUGAAGUAAUUACAGAAAGCAAACCAAAUGCAGUCCCUGUCCCACCUUAGAAUGAAAUGACUAUCAAAUUUCAAGCCCUAAAAUGUUUUUAUAUAUCUGGAACUUUUCACAUUCUCUGUUUAGUGGAAUAACUUUAAAACAAUUAUUUGUAUUUUAAACUAUCUGGAAAGGAAAAUGUUCCUUCAUUUCUAGGUUGUAUCUAGCAAAAGUUGGAUCUGACCUUUGGAUAUUUGUACUGUGCUUUUACUUUAUGUCCAAUUACCAAUUAUUGCUUUUUCUUUUCUUUUUUUUUUCCUUUUUGCACUGCUGGGGAUGAAACCCACAUUUCAUGCAUGCUAGCUACGCAAGUAUUCUGUCAUUGAGUGUAAAUGAGUUAUACUCUCAGCAUUGUACUGAGAGUUUUAAAAUGGUGUUUUAAAUUAUUUAAGUUAAUGACAUUCUAGAGUCCUAAUCAAUUAAGAGUUAAUUAAGUUCAUCUAUUAUUUUGUUAUAAAAAAGGUGAGUUGAUUGGAACUAAUUGGAACCGAAAAUCCUAGACUCAGAUUAAAAUGAGGAAUUUCCCCCCUAGAUUUUCUCGUACUAUGACUUGCACUUUAUGCUUUGCACUUAAUAUACCUAACCACUAAUUUCAUACUAAAGAUGGUUUACUGAGUAUGUAAUAAAAGAAGCAAGAUGGAAGCAC